AUUCAUUCAUUCAAUAUUCGGUGACACACCUUAUCUCUCUUUACUCUAUUCUCUUUAACUUUUCAUUUCAUACUCUCAAAAUCAACACAACCAACAUCAAAUCAAAUCAACCAUAUAUUUUUCUAGUAUUAUUAAACCUUGAUUCAUAUAAUACAUAUACAUACAUACAUAAGAUUGAGUCAAUUCAUUCAAAUAGUAAAUCUCUCCACAAAUAAUCUAGCUCCACACAAAUUAUUAACUUUUUGAUUACUAUGUUCUGGAUCAGCUAACAACUAGCUUCAAUAGUAAAUUUUCAACACAAGAGAAGCAAAAUGAAUCACUGUGUACCAGAUUUCGAUAUUCAUCAUAUCGACAAAGAAGAUGAAGAUUAUCAUGUACAUCUCUCAAAGAAACCUUCAACGCAACAAGACGAUGAGAUUAUGGAACUGUUAUGGCAAAACGGUCAAGUUGUGAUGCAAAGCCAAAACCACCGCCAAUUCAGAAAACCGCCAUCACCGGCGGCAAGGAAUCAUAAAGAGAUUCGAUCUUCCGAUGCAGAGAAUUACGAACACUUGUUCAUGCAAGAAGAUGAAAUGGCAUCGUGGCUUUUCGAUUCCAUGAAUGAAGAUCCUCCUUUCAACCGUCAAGAUUUCAGCACAGAAUCACUUUUUCAUCCAAACGGCGGUGCUGUUAUACAAGCAACGGCUUCUCGGCCUCCGAUUCAUCCGAUGAGGAAGCCGGAACAGACGGUGAAUAGGAACCACGGUAAUGUGAGGAACGAACCAGGCACUUCUUCGAGUUCGAUGAUUAUUGCGGCGGGGAGGGAAUCAACAGUGGUCGAUUCAUGUGAUACGCCGAUCGUGACGGCGAAGACAUAUAGAUUAUCGGAAACGAUCAGGAGCACGGCGGAAACUGGAUUUGUUAGUGUGAGUACAGGAGGAAAAGCGGCGACAACGAAUGGCGGAACGACGAUGAUGGAUAUGACAGUGACGUCAUCGCCCGAUUGUUCAAGCGGGAGUGGUGAACCGGGUCAGAGAAAAUCGGAGUUGGACCGGAAAAGGAAACGUCGUGAAACGGAGGAAUCUGAGUUUCAGAGCGAGGAUGUGGUUUCAAACCUACUGGUUGCAUGGUGGGCAAUGUUGAAAAGCGGCAGAGGCGAACAGGUUUGUGGCGGUGGAAAGAGCACCACAACGGUGGGUCAGGAUGUUGAUUUUGAAUGUCAAGAAGGAAAAAAACAAGUCCGUGGAUCUACAUCAUCUACAAAGAGAUCCCGAGCUGCAGAGGUUCAUAAUCUCUCAGAGAGGAAGCGUCGAGAUAGGAUUAAUGAAAAGAUGAAAGCUUUGCAAGAACUUAUACCGCAGUGCAACAAGUCUGACAAAGCUUCAAUGUUGGAUGAAGCAAUCGAAUACUUGAAGUCAUUGCAGCUACAAGUGCAGAUGAUGUCCAUGGGAUGUGGCAUGGUACCUAUGAUGUUUCCUGGAAUCCAACAGUUUAUGCCGACGAUGGGGAUGGGAGUGGGAAUGGGUUUGGGGAUGGAAAUGGGAAUGAACAGACCAGUGAUGCCAUUUCCUAACAUGUUAGCUAGUUAUCCUUUACCAGCAGCAACAGUAGCUGCUCAAUUUGGACCAAGGUUCGGUAUGCCUCCUUUCCAUAUGCCCCAUGUUCCUGCAGCACCUGAUUUAACCAGAAUGCAAGCAGAAAAUCAAUCAGAUAACCCCCUUAACUCCAUUGGAACUCUGCCUCCAGAUCAAUCACGCAUCCCAAACCCAAACUCCACCGAUCCUUACCAGCAAUACCUAGGUCCCCACCAGGUGCAGCAAUUAAUGCAGGCAAUGAACCAGCAAAAUGUCAACAGACCAGGUACCAGUGGGAACCAAGAUAAUCCUCAAAAGCAUCAUCAGUCAGGUUAGGUUACCCGGCAUCUAGAUAUCAUAUCAGCUGCCAUGGUGGUGUAAUGUGCGAGAACUAACAUUUUAGCAGAUCUCAGUAGCAUCCAUCAGAAAAAAAAAAGAAGAAAAAAAACAGAUCUCAGUAUUGUUUGUUGCCCUAUUAUUAUUAUUAUUAGGCCAAGUAUAUUAAGCACCCCUAAAAAUGGGGGUUUAUGGUGCACCAAACCAUUUUUACUGCGGUCUCACCUCAAUUUAAAAUCUGAUUAUUUUAAGUAACAA